UUGCGGGGUCUCUCGUCAUUCCCCGUCGCAAGCCUAGCCCCAUCAAUUUGUCGCAAACUGUGGUGCCCGCAAGGCACUGCUGCGCCCACCUCACAUUCCCUUGGCCGGGGUCUGAUGGCAAUUUGAGCAUCCCCUCAUCGCAAGAGCUCCAUUCACGCGGUCGCAGUUUGAUGUCUGCCGACCCUGUCACGCUGUAUCGACAGAGGAAGCGCGCGACACCCGGGCUGCUUGUGUGACUGCGCAGCUGUCAGAUGACUGCCUAAGGGGUCAAGGCUUCGCACCCGACUACAAAUGAGCGCCAGUCCCAGUCGCCGCAUCACCCGGGCUACUUUGAAGCGGCGCAAAAAGACAACAGAGCCCGAGGAUCGGUCCCAGCAACCAGCGCCGAUGGGGAACCGCUGCUUCAAAGACGAGAGCAGCGACAUGGGCCAUGACAGCAUGGACAUAGAUACAGACCUGCCGGCGCACCCCGCGUCCAACCGCAAAGGGGACGCCAUGAGUUCCCCCUCCAUCAGCUCCACCAACUGGAGCACGCUUCCCGCCCUCGAGCACGCCGUCAAGGAGCGCAGUGGCGCCGUGCCGCCGAGGCAGCAACUCGACAUCGAGACCCUGGAGCAGUACGAGAAUGAUCGCAAGAACAUAACGAAGAUAGAGCAGGUGCUCGCCUUUGACUUUGCCUGCUUCACCAAGGCUGGCCAAAAGGAGCGCGACGCGAACGCAAUCUUGCAGCUGCUGCGCCAAAAGGACAAGGAGCUUUUCGAGCGCGCUCCGCCCAGGAAAGGCUACCAAAAUCAGCCGCACAAGCGGCACCCCAGCGACCACCAUCUCACCAACCUGGACCUCGUAAAGAAAACCGACAUCUUCCGCGUGGCCCGCAAGAUGCCAAAGGGCGCGCACCUACACGUGCACUUCAACUCGUGCCUCGAGGCAACGUUUCUGUUGAACUUGGCAAAGGACCAGGAGAAGAUGGAUAUCGGAAGCAAUACGGCCCUGAUGAACACAGGUGACCUUGAAGAGUGUGAAAUACAAUUCACCAUCAGGGGAGAGCUCGGCGGCCGUUCCGGAGGCCCUCGCAAAGGGCUUAAGCGGGCCUGGACUAGGAAGUUCAUUGGGAACCCGCCAAAGCCCCCGGUUCUGGUGAACUUGUUCGACAAGGAAAGGUUCGAUCAGAGCGAGGAGCCAGCCGACAAGAUACGGUGGAUGAGUUACAAAGACUUUCGCGAUGAGUUCCCACACAAGUUCCCGGGGCGGGAUUUGGAUGCGUGGCUCGAGGGGAAGCUGGUCUACAACGCGGAGGAGGCGCACGGCGUUCAUCAAACGGCUGAAGGAGCCUGGGCCAAGUUUAAUGGGCGCACCAGGAUGAUGAAGGGCCUGUUCAACUACGAGACUGCCUAUCGGAAGUACACCCAGCAGUGUCUGCAGGACUUCGUUGACGACAACAUCCAGUACGCCGAGAUCCGACCCAACUUUAUGCAUACGAAUCAGGUCUGGUCAACGGACGGCAAGCAGCUAUACGACAACUACGAGAUCAUGAAGAUCAUUGCAGAUGAAUGCAAUAGUUUCCUCGAGAAUUGGGGGAGGAGGUCAGACGCUCCAUUUUUCCAAGGAAUCAAGGUUAUUUACUGCACCCCAAGAUCUUUCCCCGACAAUCUGAUCAAGGACUCUCUGGUCGAGUGCUUGGGACUCAAGCUCUCGGAAAAAACUGGCCACAUGAUUGCUGGCUUCGAUCUCGUCGGUCAAGAGAGCGCCGGAAGGCCCUUGAGGGACCAUGUGCAGAACCUGCUCGAAUUCCAGGCUAGUUGCAAAAAGGAGCGCGUGGAAAUACCGUUUUUGUUCCACUGCGGAGAGACGCUCGAGAUGGGGACCGAUACGGACGGCAACGUCGUGGACGCGCUCCUGCUCGGCUCGAAGCGGAUCGGCCACGGCUUCUCGCUUUCCAGACAUCCAUACAUAAUGGAAAAGAUGAAGGAGCAAAACAUUUGCCUCGAGGUCUGCCCCAUCUCCAACGAGAUCCUGGGCCUCACGCCUAGAAUCGGCGGCCAUGCCAUGUACAACCUUUUGGCGAACAAUGUGCACUGCACGGUCAACAGCGACAACGGAACGCUGUUUAGAUCGUCAUUAUCCCAUGACUUUUACCAGGUUUUCGUAGGCAGGGACGACUUCACGCUCCACGGAUGGCGCCAGCUGAUCGAGUGGAGCUUGGAACAUGCGUGCCUUGACGAGAUCGAGCAUACCAAGGUCUACAAUGAGUGGAACAAGCUAUGGGACGAGUUCUUGGACUGGAUUUUGGAAACAUACGAAGUCCUCCUCGACAAGACCAACACGACAAGGACUGGAUAGCAAAGCAGUACAGUCUAAACGCUGUCUAAAUCAGGACAAGUAAUAUUUCUCUUUCUGUUUCUUUGGACCUUUUUUCAUGUUUGUAUACAUGUUUGGGAGCACAAUAAGGGGCUAUGAAGCGAGGGCGGGCUUCUGAUAAAUCCACAGUUUUUGAUAGCCUGAUAUUGUUAGAGGGGUUAGGGCGUUUUGGAGUUGGCAAGACGGCGGGGAUUCUGGACGUGGCCCCAAAAACGCCGCAUCCCUAGAUCGAGAGGUCAGGGUGGGCAGCCACCUUGGGCCUCGAUGAGAGGGACUUUCAGGGGCGAAUCGGACAAGCAACAAGACUUUUUUUUCCACCUCGAUUUGUGGCUAGCCCGAGCAAGCGCUAGCUCGGGGGUUUCCCGACAGGUGUGCGCCG